ACGCAUACCGCAGCUUGAAUCUUUAAACCUCUCUUUCAGUCUCCUCAUCAUCAUCUUUAUCUUUUUUUUUCUAAAAAAAAAAAAGAAAAGCUGGCUGCUCCCCUCCGCACCGCUCCAGUCCUCCUAGGCCUCCUUGUUUAUAUUUUGGCGGUAGGGGCUGCUGCAAAGGGGGGCAUCUCUUCCAGCUAGGAUUAGGAAGGAACUUGUUGGAGUGGAGGAUCGAUGCUUUCUUUCCCUCAAAGCAAAACCAGUCAGCACUCAUCGUCAUCCCCACACAAGCGGCUGGCAUUUCGGAUCCCCAAUUCAUCAUCUCAUCCGGAUCAAUCAAUCGGGAUCGGAUCGAAUCAUCAGUUUGGCAGGCACAACAAGGAAACUUCUUCUUCCCAUAUAUAUCUUUGAUUGAGGGCCGGCCCGGUUCAUGCGCGAGAGAGACGCAAUGGCGCCGCCGUCCCCUUCCUCCGCUCCGGCCAAGAAACGCAUCAAGUGGCUGCGACGCAACAACAAGAAGGUGAUCGAUACGUACCUCGGCGAGGCGCGGGCGGCUCUCGCUGCGGCGGCGCAGGACACCGACGAUGGGGACGACGCGGCGGUGGCGGCGCUCGCCCUGGUCACCGCCGCUCUCGAGAUGUCGCCGCGGGCUGAGGCGGCGCUAGAGCUCCGGGCGCGGGCACUCCUUGCGCUCAGGCGCUACCGCGACGUCGCCGACAUGCUCCGCGACUACAUCCCCAGCUGCGCCAAGUCGUGCUCUGCCGACGACGCCACCACCUCGUCCUCGUCUGGCUCCGGGGCUGAGCUCCUGUCCCCGGACCGCGACCGCUUCGACGCCGGCGCCACCCGCUUCCUCUGCUGCCUCGACGUGUCCGACCUCAAGCGCCGCCUUGUCGCAAGCUUCUCCAGGAGCUCCGGCACCGAGGCCUACCAGUGGAGGUACUUGGCCCUGGGCCAAGCUUGCUUCCACCUCGGCCUGAUGGAGGACGCGGUGGUGCUUCUCCAAACCGGCCGCCGCCUGGCCACCGCGGCGUUCCGGCGCGAGAGCGUGUGCUGGUCGGAGGACAGCUUCUCGCCGUCCAACAACACAAGGACGUCGUCCUCCAAUAAGUGCAGCUCCACCUCAGCGUCCGAGGCGGAGUCCGUGUCCCAGCUGCUCGCGCACGUGAAGCUCCUCCUCCGCCGCCGCGCCGCGGCGGUUGCAGCGCUCGACGCCGGCCUCCCCGGCGAGGCCGUGCGGCAUUUCAACAAGGUGCUCGACACGCGCCGCAGCGUUCUGCCGCACCCCUUCGCCACGGCCUGCCUCGUGGGCCGCGCCGCCGCGUUCCGAUCGGCGGGGCGCCCCGCGGACGCCAUCGCGGACUGCAACCGCGCGCUGGCGCUCGACCCGGCCUUCAUCCCGGCGCUGCGCGCGCGCGCCGACCUGCUGGAGUCGGUCGGCGCGCUCCCGGACUGCCUCCGGGACCUGGACCACCUCAAGCUCCUGUACGACGCCGCGCUCCGGGACGGCAAGCUGCCGGGGCCGAGCUGGCGGCCGCAGGGCGGCAUCCGGUUCGGGGAGAUCGCCGGCGCGCACCGCACGCUCACCGCGCGUAUCCAGCUGCUACGCGGCCGGGUCGCCGCCGGCGAAGGGUGCAGCGUCGACUACUACGCCCUCCUCGGGGUGCGGCGCGGGUGCACGCGGUCGGAGCUGGAGCGCGCGCACCUGGUGCUGACGCUGAAGCUGAAGCCCGACCGGUCGGUGUCGUUCGCGGAGAGGCUGGAGCUGGUGGACGAGCACCGCGACCUGGAGGCCGUGCGCGACCAGGCGCGCAUGUCGGCGCUGUUCCUGUACCGGAUGCUGCAGAAGGGGUAUUCGUUCAUCAUGUCGGCCGUGCUGGACGAGGAGGCUGCGGAGAGGCAGAGGGCCAAGGACGCGGCGGCGGCGGCGGCGGCUGCUGCUGCUGCUGAUUUGGCUGCCAUGGCAGAGUCGGAACCCAAGCAAGAAGAAGAAGAAGAAGAAGAAGAAGAAGAAGAAGAAGAAGAAGAAGAAGAAGUGACGACAAUGCCAGAGAAGCCUGUUCUUCCCCUCGCCAUUGCAAACGGUGGCAACGUUAUUGUCACCACCAUGCCGCCGGAAGCGGUGAUUCCAAUGCCCAGGACAGUGGUGACCGCGGCGACGCCAUUGAGCCCAGCGUUCCAGGGCGUGUUCUGCCGCGACAUGGCGGUGGUGGGCACCCUGCUGUCCCGUGGCGGGUUCGAGCGGGCGAUUCCGGUGAAGUGCGAGGCAAUGAGCUGCUGAUGGUGGAUCGGAUCCAACGAUGAACUCGAAGUUGCAAGCAUUGUACAGUUUGGCAAGUCAGCUUUCCAUUCCAAGUAGUGUGUUCCAUUCCAAGUAGUUUGGCAAGUCAGCUUUCCAUUCCAAGUAGUGUGGGGGAGGAGGAAGAGAUUAUAUAUCGAGCAAAAAUAGUAGCAAAUUUUGUUGAGAUUUUGAUUUGGCUUCCUUGGUUUGUCGUGUCAGCACAGCAGCAGGUCCUUUUCCGAGUUUAUAGGGUUAUAUUAAGGCCUUGUUUAGUUCACCUCAAAAUCCAAAAAAAUUUCAAGAUUCCCCGUCA